AUGGUGAACAGCCAAGCGUCAGGAGUAACUCCGGCCCCCAGGUCAUGUGCAGGAUGUGGGGGGAAGAUCGCUGACCGUUUCCUGCUCUUCUCCAUGGAACGCUACUGGCACAAUCGCUGCCUCAAGUGCUCCUGCUGCCAAGCCCAGCUGGGCGACAUUGGCACCACCUGCUACAGCAAAGGAGGCAUGAUUCUGUGUCGCAGCGAUUACAUUAGGCUGUUUGGGCACAGCGGGGCAUGCAGUGCCUGUGGCCAGUCAAUCCCAGCCAAUGAGAUGGUGAUGAGGGCACAGGGAAAUGUUUACCACCUCAAGUGUUUCAGCUGUGCCACGUGCAGGAAUAGACUGAUGCCUGGAGAUCGCUUUCAUUAUCUGAAUGGCACAAUUUUCUGCGAGCAUGACAGACCUGGUGCCGCCCUGCUCAGCAGCCACCUGCCACAGCUUCAAAGUAACUCAGUGCUGACUGAUCAGAAGAGGGGGCUGUUGGCAAGCAUCACCUUCAUCAUUAGAGGAGCAACCCAGAAAAUGUUGUCAGAUGACCGUCUGGGGAUGGAGCUGUCCUGUAAGGCAGCCACUGAGCUUGUAAUCAGACACAAAUAUGAAGGUGUGGAGGGGACUGAGUGUAUUGUUUAUGAGCUCAGUGAAGUGGACCAUCACAGAGAGAGUCACGCAAAGGCCAAAGUUAUACGAGCCUCGUUCAUAGACUGGGGGAGUGAGCCUAACCUAAGGGACUCAGAGAAGACCGUGACGAAGUCUUGCACCUUCCAUUCCACAGCAGCAAUCUACACAUCAGAAACCUCUCCACUGGCGAAAGGGAAGUCACCUCCUCCCCGAUCUUGCACAUGUUGCGACAUGAACAUAUGUGAGGACUGA